AGUAGGCGAGAGUUAUAUUUAUGGAGGCUGAGCCAUCACCGAUUCUUGACACUAGACAACUUCCAGGGUGCCCAUUAUACAUGUACCACAGGCAAGCAUAAUAUUAUUUUGAUCCUGUUUCCCUCUAGGGGAUGAUUGUCUUGCAGCCAGGUUCAUGCGUUAUUUCUGUAAGCUCUCGAUGCAGAAUACAUUGCGAGCUCAAUUUUUGCGGACUCCCUGAAGCCUGUUUGAACAUGGACCAGUCUCUUUUCGUCAAGGAGAAGAAGUCAAAGUUUGUAGUGGCUUUUUCAUGGGCCAUCAACGUCGCACUGUUCGAUGCUCCGCGGUCACACAUGGAAGAACUCCGACGAGUAUAGACUCUUAUCAGUCAACUGUAAUGGUAGCGGUGGAUGUCAGUUUCCUAGCUGUGCCUUCCGUCGAUCUCCAUAAUGCGGGUUCGGUUGCGGUCAUCAGCACGUACAUUUCCUUGUUUUGCAUCGUCGGAUCUUUUGCCGCGUCCUUCUUUCUCACUAGACAGAAUCGGAUGUAUAGGCAGGAAUUUGCCGACACAACAGUGAGCCAAGAACGGUGCACCGAUGAUGAAAUAUUGCCAAAACAAAAGUAUUGUAGGUCAUAUUUCUCAGUGGGUGACAGGAUCUGUAUUUGGCACUAACUCUCUCGCGACUGUGUACGGUCUUCUGUAUGCUAUGCUGCUGUGAGGGUGAGUAUUUGGUUUUUGA